AUGCGGUCGCUGACCCGCAAAGCAGUCUUCGCUCUAAUCGGCACUCUCGUCUUCAUCUUUCUCGUCUCCACGCUCAAUUCAGGGUCGCGACACACCUGGUUUCCACACUCGGAGGGCUCUUCAACCCGUGAUUACUGGGACUGGGACACCAGCACGAGGUUUCGCACGCCGCAUGCCAAGCAGUCGCAUAUUGCCGAUGUCGAUAUCUGCGAUUCUUUCCCCACAGACCGGCUGGCCAGCGUCCAGGUCGUUUUGAAAAUCGGCGGAUCCGAAGAUCCCGAGCGACUUGACGUACUCACCUCCACAGUCACCCGCUGCAUCACCAACCUGCUCAUUGUCUCGGAUCGAGAGGCGGUGCUCAACGGCCACCGGGUCCAUGAUGUACUCGCCGACCUACCGCCGUCGUUCCGAGCCAAGGCGCCUGAUUUCGAUCAAUACGAGGCCCUCCAGCGGGAUGAUGGCAGUUUCGAGAGGGCUGCGGGUUGGAGGCUAGAUCGCUACAAGUUUCUACCAAUGGUCGAAUACGCGAAGCUGUCAAAUCCGUCUGCGCAAUGGUUUGUCUUCCUGGAAUCCGACACCUACUUUUUCUGGGACAAUUUAUUCCGGCUGCUGGACCAGUUCGACCCUGACGUGCCUUUGUACUUCGGUUCUCCCUCACCAGGCCAUCGCGCUAAACGCGGGGAGGUCUCCUGGUUCGCCUAUGGAGGGGUCGGUUUUGUUCUGUCUCGCGCCGCGGUAGAUAAGCUGGUGCAUCGGCCAGUUGGGUCAAGCGGGGAAUUCAAGCUGCCAUCUUUGACGCUGCAAGAUGAGCAACUGGUUACGCGUGAAUGCUGUGGAGAUUCCGUUCUCGGAUGGACACUGUUCAAAAAAGGAAUCAAGCUCUCUGGCUUAUUUCCUAUGUUCAAUCCGCAUCCCCUACACGGCAUUCCUUUCGAUGAAUCCUUCUGGUGUCAGCCAGUAAUCAGUUUGCAUAAAACGUCAUUGACCGAUAUGGCGGGAUUGACGAAGUGGGAGAAUAGUCGGGACCGUACAAACCCGCUCCUCUACUCAGAUCUGUUUGAAUACACUCGGAUGGGCGAACUGGCCGACAAGGAGGAUUGGGAUAACGGCGAAUGGGGUGGAUUUCAAGACCCAUUAGAGUCACCAGCUCACAGAUCCUUCGAAGCCUGCCGGUCAGCUUGCCAUGACCAUGACCACUGUCUGUCCUUCACAUACGACUCCACAGGGCACUGUGUUUUUGUACCAACCAUGCGCCUCGGCCUGAAGAAGCUGGUCUCCCCGGAGAUCCGCUUGUCGGCAGGAUGGGACAAUGAAAAGAUCAACAGCUGGACAGCUUCGCAUCAGUGCCCACGGCCUCACUGGGUGAAGCCAAGUAUAAAACGAAUUUUUUGA